AUGGAACACUCGUCCCCUCUCGCUGCCAUGCAGCCUAGUCCAGCUUUCUUUGGUGGUUGCUUUCGUGACCCAGCCCCACCGUACUCGUCGCUGUCCACCCUCAGCGCCAAUAGUUUCAACUUCAAGGACAUUUCAAUGAAGAAGUCCGGCUCCGAUUACUUUAACAUGGGCCCCCUGCGCGGCUCGUCGCCCACCGCCAGCUUGGCCGCCGACCUAUCGCAGAACUUUCACAUCGACCAGAGUCCUCAAUUGGCCACCCCACGCCGGUCUUUGUUCACGUCUAAUAUGCUGAGCCGUGCCAAUGGCUAUGACGAUGUCAUGACCACACCCCCUCUUCCUACCUCUUCUCCUGCUCCGAUGGAUAUGAUGGACCUGAGCCCUCUACCACACAAGCCGGCCUUCGUACUCACCACCGACGUCGAAGUACUUUCCCCCACUCCCGUCGGUAGCCCUAAUGCCUCACGUAACAUCAUGGAUGAGCCCAGUCCUUUCCAAGAUUCGUCAAUGGACUCUGCUUUGGGUUUCGGAGAACGCCGUCGUCCUCACUUCCUCCGUCCUAGCCUUGCUCGCAGCAAGGCCCAAUCUUUCCAGCUUGGCAUUCCCCGUCCUGCAGCUGAGAGUAAGACCCCACCAUUCCGUUUCAGUUCUACUUCUACUUCUACUGGAGCGAAGACAUCGCUGAGCACAUCGACCUCGCUGGAGGACAUGUUUGGUGACUCUCCUCCUCAAGAGCGAUCCCACUCACGUAACACCUCCUCGGGCGGUCUGGCUCCUCCGCGUUUGCGACCUCCCUUUCAUCACGCCCGUACCAGUGGCUCCCCGGCUCCCAGCUCUAUUCGCAAACCAUCUCACCCAUUGAUGCGCCCUCGCAAGCACUGCCGACGAUCAUUGAGCAUGUUUGAACACCCUGAGGACAUCAUUGCCGACAAAGAGGCCAAGGUCACAAAAUCACCACUCCAGUCUAUCAGUGACUAUCAAAGCUCGCCGUCCUUGCAGCUUCCUCACUUUACACCUGAGGAUCAGUCGGAUUCCCUUCCCCGCAUUAACAAGAGCACUCUCCUUCAGGUUCUCGAUGGAAAGUUUAAGGAUCAAUUUGACCAAGUCAUGAUCGUUGACUGCCGUUUCGAGUACGAGUAUUCGGGCGGCCACAUCAAUGGUGCCCUCAACUUCAAUAACAAGGAACAGCUCGCUAUUGAACUCUUCAACGCUCCCAAGUCCCGUACCGCGUUGAUUCUUCACUGCGAGUAUUCUGCACACCGCGCCCCUAUCAUGGCUGCUCACAUCCGUCAGCAUGACCGUGCCUUCAAUAUCGAUAGCUACCCCAACCUCACCUACCCAGACAUGUACAUUCUGGAUGGUGGGUAUAGCGCCUUCUAUAACGAACAUCGCACGCUCUGCUAUCCCCAAAAUUAUGUUGAGAUGAAGACUGAGGGACACGAGUUCGCAUGUGAACGUGGCUUGGGUAAAGUUAAGCAGCGCUCGAAGUUGAGCCGUGCCCAGACAUUCGCUUUUGGCCAGAGCUCUCCAGAGGUUGAGGACAGCCCCACGGGUCGUUGUCGCUUUAACCAGGACAAUACAGUCCUCGGCUCAUCUCCUUUCAAGCAAAGUCCCGUCCCGAAUCGGACCCCCGGACGCCGCAUGCUUUCUUACUAA